AUGACUACUCCAUCAUCCACAACCAGCCAAAAACACAAAGCCUUUUCUGGAGAGCCUAUGCGAGACAAACCAGUUGAAGAUCUCGCUGGUAUUGGACCUGUACUAGCAAACAGAUUAAAAGAACAAGGAUUCAACAAAGCUUACAAUGUAUUGGGUCAAUUUCUUCUUUUGCAGAUGGAUCAAGAGUUAUUCUGUGACUGGUUAAAAGAUAGCAUAAAAGCUAACUCAAAACAAUCCAAAGAUUGUCAUGCUUGCUUAAAAGCAUGGUGUGAUGAAUUUUUGUAG